GCAGAACUUGACGACGUCCCCAGAGGACAUCGCGGCCGGCUUGCGGGAGCACGUGAUGAAAUCGAUGGCCAAGGCCCGAAGUGCCAAGGCGAGUGCCGAGGCCACGCUGGCAUUGGCCAAGGAGGCCUCCAAUGCCGCCGAUGCCGUCCUCGUCGAAGCAAAUGCUUCCGAGGCCGAAGCACAGACACUCCUGGACCGCUCCUUGGCCCAGGCCGUCUGGGAGGAGUACGAAAAGCCGAUUCGCAUAUGA